AUGAGCAGCAGUGUAGCAGCAGACACCUUUGCAAUGCUCGCGUCUGGGACCCUUUCUUCGAGUGUUAGUAGUCUGCUCACGAAGAUUUCAAGCCACGUUAAAGACAUAUCACUGUCUUCAGUUCUUCAACACCUGCAGAAAGGCUUUCCGCAGAUUCUUGAUCUGUCCGCCGCUAAGUCAGAUAUGUCUGAGAAGAAGGUCCCAGCGCCAGGAUCCCCUCUUCCAAAGAUUUUGGGCACCCCCUCCAAACGCUCUGCAGCCAUAUCGUCUCAGAGGGCAGAGCUCGGGGAAGCUGAACAGGACCAUCUUACAAAUGCUAUGCUGGCGUCUUUCUUUACACUGUACAAGUACCCUGCAUCUCCUGAAGUCACAGCCAUCAAGCGAGCUCUCUCUACAAUGGACACACUUGCAUUUCUCACUAAAGCGUCUGCCGACUCAUGUAGCGUGUUCUUACUAGCGCAAGUGAUUCAUUUGGUGCUUAUGGAUGUAAUUGCUAUCUACACAACCAAGGCGGCCACUGUCUCUUCAGAAAAUAAUCAUCAUAAUAAGUUACAGCUGGACACUGAGUACGAAGCCAUCGAGCGAGGGAUUGUUUCCAGCCUUCGCAGCUUUUCCUCUAAGAACAAUCACGAUGAAAUUGUUAUUGUCCUCCUCAAUGCUCUUCUGAGGCUACAGCUUUUGACGUCCAAUUAUUUAUCUGCCUAUAGAUCGAUUUUGAACUAUCGAGUGAUAGUAUUCAGCAUCUCACAUCCACAGCUCAUACGCUUUUAUUUUUAUUCUUCUCUAACCGUAGCUAUAAUUGGCCAGCAUGCUCGAGCACUAAAACUAAUUUCUAAUGCCAACCAGUUGUUUGCAGAUUAUUCGCCCACAAUGUCCAUGAAGACGCAGCUUUCUGUUGAUUUGGCCGCGUUCACAACUCUUUUCAAAACGCUCACAUGCACAGAUUCAAGUGCACCACAGUCUUCUGCAAACGAUUGCUGUGAAGCGAUGCUGUGCAAAGUCUCGUUUCCAGACAUAUAUAGAGUUCUCCUGUUCAAGCGCAUGGCGCGCAUAAAGACACAACUAGCAUAUAUAGCCAAAAUAUUCAAACGAAUAAGCCUGAGUGAGGUUUGUCGUCGAAUAAAUGCUUCUGAAGGCGAAGCUAAGGACUAUCUCAUAUCGGGCGCGAUGGAAAAGGCAUUCAACGUUAGAUUUGACGAGGACGAAGACGGAAAUUGCAUCGUGACUAUUAUCCAGCGCCAGGAGCAGUUACUAUCUAGCAAGGCCAACUUCCGUACAGAGGCUCUCCAGCUGGUCGAUAGGCUCAGCUUUAUAAGAAGUAGUCUGACUCAGCAGGACGUUUUGCUAUCGCGGCACGAUGAAAAGCGUGACCAGGAUAAUAAUACAGAAACAUACCUGGACAUGUUGGACCUUAUGGACGCUGGCUUUAGUGACACUGAUUAA